AUGCUGCCGCCGUCGCUGUCGUACCAGCCCACCUUCUUCGACCUGCCCUGGCGCAGGAAGAGCAUCGCCUGGGCCGACACCGAGAUGGGCGAGUUCAUCGGCGGGGACCUGGACAAGAAGCACGCCGGCGGCGGCAAUGGCGGCGGCGGUAGCGGCACCACCAAGGGCGGGGCCAGCCUGCGCUACACGGACCUGGCGGACGACGACAGCGGCAGCGAGAGCGGCGGCAGCGCCGACCCCAAAGACGCCCAGGACAAGGACAAGGGCGACAAGAAAACGUCGCCGCACAAGCUGGAGCGCGCGCUCAAGCGCAACUCGGUCCGGUCCGUGUCUCCGUACCUCGGCGGCAGCGGUUUCGACGUCAAGCGGGGAUCGAGGGUGUUGAUCUGAACAGAGAUGUAAUACCCUUCAACAGCUGUGCUGGAUUUUCCGUCUUUUCGUUUUCUUCUCUACUUUUUCAGGGACUUGAUUCAAUCAUAUGAUCCGGCGUACUAUAUCAAAUUUCAAGGGCUUGGGUAUACUUGUUUGUUUUUCUUCUCCUUUUCUCUUCUAUUGCGUCGACUGCAUCUAAAUAGGUAUAAAUCGGUGUGGCGGGG